AUCAGUCCGGCAUCACAUUUCUCUUUCUCAGAGAAAAGAGGUCGAUCAAACAUGGCGCUCCCACUUGUUCUAUCUAUUCUGCUAAUCCUCGUUUGGCCAGGGUCUCAUUUCGCUAAAGGCUCAAGAACAUUUACAAUCAGUAACGGAUGCAAGGAAACCAUCUGGCCCGCCAUAACUCCCAGUGACACCUUUAGCGGCGGAGGAUUCAUGUUAAAACCGGGAGAGUCAAGGGUUUUCACAGCCUCCGUCGGUUGGUCAGGCCGAAUCUGGGGCAGAACAGGCUGCAAUUUCGACAAAAACGGCAUAGGUAAAUGCCAAACCGGGGCAUGCGGAAACAAACUAAAAUGCACCGCCUCAGGCGAACCGCCAGCCACUCUCGCUGAAGUUACCCUCGCCUCCCCCGAUUUUUACGAUAUCAGUCUGGUCGACGGGUUCAAUGUUCCCAUGUCCAUCCAGCCCAUCCAUGGAAAAGCCGGCAACUGCAGCACCGGCGGUUGCGAUAGCGAUCUCAGACUCAAUUGCCCAUCUGAAUUGUCAGUUAAGGUUGAUGGAAAGACGGUGUCUUGUCGGAGCGCAUGCGAUGUUUUUAACACAGACGAGUAUUGUUGUAGGGGCGUUCAUGGAAACCCAUCCACUUGUGAGCCAAGUUAUUACUCUAAGUUGUUUAAAGGGGCAUGCCCGACCGCUUAUAGUUAUGCCUACGAUGACCCGACUAGCAUUUUAACUUGUUCCGGGUCGGACUAUAUCGUAUCAUUUUGUACACCCAGGAAACAAAAGCAGUGCACGUAUCACAACAAUAAGCUUGCCUGCAGCGGAUCAAAGGAUUUAAAGCCGUUGAUUAAGAUGUGGUGGGCUAUGAUGGUUUCAUUGCCGUUGAUGAUCAUGAUGACUUAGAAGAAACUCUUCAUCUUUUUUUCUAUUUCAUAUUCACAGUGUAAAUAUGGUGGUGGAUUGGAGUAUUUAAUUUAUGAAUAAUUCAUUAAACUUC